ACUUUUUUCUCACUCAUAUUUAAUUAGAAAAAAUCCUCAAACCAAUAUGCAACAUAUACCACUAAUCAUUGUCGAACACAUAGUGGAGGAGUGUACACAAUUUACCUCAAUUACGAAUCGACCUGAACAUGCCAUCCAACAUAGUGCCAUAAACGAACCGAAUUUCACUCCGCAAUACGCUUACAUAUGUACGGCAUUGAACACGAAAGAAGCACAGCAGAACGGCGCGAAGUCGAAAAAUUCGUUCAGAAAAUUAUUGACAAAGUGCUGUGAAGACCGGUUGAACGAAAUGCGAGUUCACGAAGAAACUUUGGCAAAGGAUCUUCGAGCAAUUGACGAAUGUCAAGAUCAAGGUGCUAAGGAUCAGCUCAAGUCCAAGUAUGACCAGGAAGAAGCGGUCUACAGGAAAAGAUCCAUAGGGAAUUGCAGAUAUAUGUGCGAACUCUAUAAGGUGAGCAUAUUAACGAGCCGCACUCUGGAGACGAGUUUAAAAUAUUUACUAAAGUCGCCAAGUGAAGAAACGCUCGAAUGUGCGUGUAGCAUACUGAAACAUACGGGAAACACAUUAAGACACAAAGCCACUUUUAAUAAGCUUAACGAGUACAUGUCUGCGAAGUACAAGAGUAAGAUUCCGACAAGAAUACGAUUCAUGAUACAGGACACGAUAGAACUCAAGGACAACGAUUGGGUACCAAGAAAUGCCCGUCCCAAACAGCAGGUCUGCAACUCAGAGACAUCGUCGAAUCCGAAAAAACUCUUACCACCGGCACUAGAUGUAUUAUCGACAAAAAACAUACCACGAAAACCGAAUGAGCAGACGAAAAUUAAACUGCCAAAGGAAAUUCGAAAGGUUGUUGUGAUUCAAGAUAAUGAAUUAGAAAAUACCGCAGAAUCAAGUGGUCUUAAAGAGGCAUCGUUAUCCAAUGGUUCAAGUCAUGUUAAAAAGAGUAACGAAUCACUGGUAUUGCCAUGUGUAGACCUAGGGACCGAAAGCAUAAAUAAAUGCCAUUCGUCGAACGCUGAAGAUGUUGAAAUCGAAGAAAUACAAAAAAAAUAUCGAUCGAUUAUUGACAACAUAACUCCGGAAAAUAUUGUGCCGAUGACAAGACAUAUGAUUUCACUACCAAUGAAAACAGACGGUUGUCUGAAAAACUUGGUCGGAUUUUUAUUUCAGAAGGCUUUGGACGAACCGGAAUUGAUCCAUCAAUACGCACAUGUUUGUUCGCUAAUGAAAGACACGGUAGUACGUUCAGUGGACCAGAAAUGCAGUACUUCGUUCAAAAAGCAUUUGAUUGGAACUUGUCAAAAAGCAUUCGAGGCGAUAACGUUCAACAGGAAACGAACGGUAGCCAAAGACCGCAUCGAAAUCGAAUCUUGUAAAGAUAAGGAAACGCGGAGACUACUUCAAUCGAAAUUUGACCAAAAAGAAUCGGAUCACAGGAGCCGUUCGAUCGCAAUCUGCAGAUUCAUAUGCGAACUAUUGAAAGUGAACAUUUUGGUGCCUCCUAUACUGGAAAUGUGCGCGGCACAACUCGUACAGAGCUCGAAAUGUACGUCAAUCGAAUGCGUGUGCGUUAUACUGAAGCACGCCGGGAACGCAUUCGACAUCAGUGGCGUGAUUGAGAAGCUUAGCGAGUACUCGAUUUCGGACAAGCAGAAAUUGUCCUCGAGGAUGCAGUCCGUGGUCCUGGACACGCUACGGCUGACUAAUAACGAUUUUAUGUUACUCGAGAACCGUGAUAAUGUAUACAGAUAAUAAGGACUUGUUGUCCACUAAAAGCAGGUGAAAAAAAAAAUUAGAACAAGUAAUUACGUUAAUCAGCUGGUUUGUUGUACACAGCUUAUAAUAAAUGCUAACGUAAGUGUUUGUAUGAUUACUGGCAGGAGUACGAUCUGAAAAAAACAUUCAGAAAACUGACGAGUACAGUGUUUCGAAUGAUGUGGAAGUGAUGUAUUCUAAACGUAGUAGUGUGAUCCUUAAAGAACUUGUCGCCAUACGCGACAAUAAAUGAGUCUUGUAGUGAAAUUAAUUAACAUGGACCAAUGAAAUCGAGGGUUCUCAUCGAUUGUUCAUCCUCAGACGCCAAUGGUUUCAGUGAAAAACAAACUUUAUCAUUAGUCACUAUUAUUCAUAUUUUUACUUUUCAUAUAGAACAGCGUAGAAACCAUAUGUAAAAGCACGUUUUUAUCCAUGAAUAAUUGUGGAAUUGUUACUCUUUAGUCAUUCGUGGAAUGUUUUAAAUUUUU